AUGGUCUUCGCUGCGAGGGCGAGGAAGAGAACACUGACGCUCGUGGCGCCCUAUCUUCGCUACUUCCUCCCCUUUCUCCCCUUUGCUCUCUUCAUCCUCUCCCUCAUCUACGCAGUCCCCUCCGAUCUCCUGUCCUGCAGCAUCGAAAGCCAAUGGGUCAGCCUGUUUCGGGCCAAGAAUGAGGAUGCCGUGCGUGGAAUAGAGAACGCCCUCCGGUGUUGCGGGUUCAACUCGCUGCAUGAUCGGGCGUGGCCGUUCCCCAGUCACGACGUCGACGUGACCGCCUGUGAGAGGACUCUGGGAUAUACGCGUCGAUGUGUGGACCCAUGGCGGAAUCGAGAGCAGGUUGCUGCGGGAUUGCUCGCCCUGGCCAGUCUAUUCAACUGGAUCCUUCUGGUAACGUGUGAAGUCCCGCCGUAUGAUAUAUGGCUACUAACCCCUUCGAACGCACCAGCAUCUCGUGGAUACGGCAGCGCAGCCGAGUCCAUCCAGGCGAUUUCCUGCCGCUUCUGA